GGGACCAGGACUGGCAAGAGAGCCUCGGGACCGGCACCCCCGAGACUCCCGGACCGGCACCGCCAGGAGACCCCCGUGAAAAGGGACCCCCGAGAGCCCCCCGGCCAUGGCGGGGGGCAAGGCGGGGCCCCGGCGGCGGCCCAUGACCUUGGCCGAGGCGGGCCCGGGCACCGAGAACGAGCGGCUCGGGGUGAUCCGGCUCAGCAUGUUCGAAAACCCGCUCAUCAUCAAGCAUGAAGUGGGGAAGCCUCUGCGAAACUGCUACUCCCUGCCAGGCCUUGACUUUACCUAUGGGAUGUACGUGCACAAGAGAGAUGGAGGAGUUGCUGAAGCCAUAGGCCACUGGGACUCAAUAAAGCCCAGGAACGUCCUGGGCCCCGGGAAAAAGAUCAUGCCCAGGGACUUCCUCACCAUGGACCGCGGGGCCGUGAAGGCCGGUUGUACCACAGCCCGCGAGUUCGGCCUCUACUACAAGUUCAUGGACAUUCGGUUAAAAGAUGAGAACAGAUUCCUCAGUUGGGUUCCCAAAAUCCCAGACAUGACUUUCGGCAGGCCAGCACGGCCUUCCACUCCCAUUUAUGACAUCAUCCAACACAGAUACAAGGAGAUGUGGAUGGAGCGCCAGAGAGCCCGGACAAGAGUCCAGAAAAUCGAAAAGAAAAAGCUGGACCAGGUGCGUGGCAAUCGCACCACGUACCUGCGCACGCACCCACCCCCGGUCAAGGAGGAGUCCUUCUGGCACCCAGCCCGCUUUGAGAAGGCUGAGCCUCAUCUCAGUACUUUUCCAGACCCUGAAGCUCGUGAAAAGGCACUCAGUGCCUCCCAUUGAGAAGUGCCUGCCAUAGGUGCUGCCCUUCCCCAGAGCACCCACUCAUCACAGACCGUGCUGGGCACUGCCUUGUGACCCCACACAGACUUUCUCUCAGGUUUUACAGAGUUAUGCUAAUGCAGAUACAGCCAAAUAAAGCACAAAUAUAACAGGAGUGA